GUUACUGCCAGAUGAGAUCCCCGGCCCCUCCCCGAGAGGAGUGUGGGCGGCGCCCUGUGGCUCGAGAAUGAUAUAAAUACGGGAAGAGCGAACAUUUUAAUUCACAAGCAAUUGUUUCUCAGUCACCUGUGAUUGUUUGCGGUUCAUCACACACACAGCCUCAAGCCAUGUCUGUGUCUCUGAGAGUCAGCCCGUCCGUGCACGGCUACCACUUCGACACCGCCUCCCGCAAGGCUGCCGCCGCCAACAUAUUCCAAGGGGUCGACCAGGACUCCCUGCAGCGGCUCUUCAAAAAAUCCGGCGACAAAAAAGCCGAAGCCAGAGCUCGAAUCAUCUUCUGCGUCGACCAGGACAGCGAGGAGAAAGCGAGGGCUCUGCAGAGUCUCAGGCAGAGGACCCGGGACAAGAUCCUGCAGUUCCUCAAGCUCCGCAAGAUUCCGCUCAAGGUCAUCACCUGAAGGGCUGGCCCGUGGAACUGACACUCUAAUCGCUCUAAUAUAUGAUGCUCCAGUAUUCAGACUGGUUCCAAGAGCUCACACUCCAGCUUGGAGAUAGUUGGCCAGAGAGCUGACACUCUGACAGCCACAAAAGCUAAAGAUCCAGACUCCGGACUGUUUGAAGAAGCUGCAAAGACUGGUGCCCAUCCUGGCAGGCGGAGAUGCUCGGGCAUAGGAAGGAGGACCCCCCUAGCUAUUAGCAGCUAUGGGGGGAUGGGGCUCAGCCCACAAGAAGUGACAGACAUGUAGCAGAGCACUGUGUGGCUUCAUACUGCUGCACAUUGACUCUUAAUUCUUCUGCUGCUAUAAACUCAACUCAGUGAUGAUAUUUAUACCUGUGUGUGUGUUAUCUGCUGAAUAAAUUAUUAUUCUUAUUAUUAUUUUAA